CCCUAUGAAUGCAGUGAGUGUGGUAAAUGCUUCACUAGCAGCUCAGGCCUUUAUCAACAUCAGAGAAUCCACACAGGGGAGAGGCCCUAUGAAUGCAGUGAGUGUGGAAAAUGCUUCACUGACAGCUCAGCCCUUUCUCAACAUCAGAGAAUCCACACAGGGAAGAGGCCCUAUGAAUGCAGUGAGUGUGGGAAAACCUUCAGUCGCAGUUCACACCUUAUUAGGCAUCAGAGAAUCCACACAGGGGAGAGGCCCUAUGAAUGCAGUGAAUGUGGGAAAAACUUCACUAGCAGCUCAUUCCUUCUUGUCCAUCAGAGAAUCCACACAGGGGAGAGGCCCUAUGAAUGCAGUGAGUGUGGAAAAUGCUUCACUGACAGCUCAUCCCUUUCUCGACAUCAGAGAAUCCACACAGGGGAGAGGCCCUAUGAAUGCAGUGAGUGUGGGAAAACCUUCAGUCGCAGCUCAAACCUUCUUACCCAUCAGAGAAUCCACACAGGGGAGAGGCCCUAUGAAUGCAGUGUGUGUGGAAAAUGCUUCACUUGCAGCUCAGGCCUUUAUCAACAUCGGAGAAUCCACACAGGGGAGAGGCCCUAUGAAUGCAUUGAGUGUGGAAAAUGCUUCACUGACAGCUCAGCCCUUUCUCAACAUCAGAGAAUC